AUGGGGGACUCGAGCUCCAAAUUCUCGCACGCCUCGCCGGCCGUGUCGUAUCAGCGCCUUUCGCAGCAAGAAGUCCAAGAGCUUCUCUCGAGCUUUGGUCUCAACGAAUUUUCUCCGGCGAAAGCCCGAAUCUCUCUCCACUCCUUCCUCCGCAUCUUCCCGCCCGUGCUCCACCCGACGGCCUCAGUUUUGCUGCCUGUCCUGCGAGACCUCGUGCGCCUUCAACAGCUCCAGGGGCGCGGGUACAGCAGCAGCGGGUUCUUGAACAAAGCGGACAGCAACGGCCAGCUGGCGCCUCCGAAGGUCGCCGCUCAGGGAGGUUCUCGCUCGGGGGGUUUAAAGACUUUGGGCACCUUGGCAUGUUCGGGGAAGGGCGCGCGCAAGGGCGAGGAGACUUGCUGCGGAGGCACGCACAUCACCCUCCAGGAAAUGGUGGACGCCGUCAGUGCAUGCGCAUACGGAGACCGGGAGGAACUUCAAGUCCACAUGCUGCAGCGCCUGCUGUCGAGAAUGUCGAAGGUUCUGGAGGAGCAAUGCAAGCGCCUGCGACAGCAGCAGUCCGGCGCGGCAGGCUCCCGGCACCACCCGGAGCGGGGCCCCGUUCCAGGCUCUUUUGAAAAGCCCACCGACCUUCCGUUUUUUACGCUCAGAGUGACUUCCCACAGCCAUCACCUUGGCGCCGGUCUGUUCUCGCUGCAUCACGGAGGCACGUCGGCGAGCACAGGCAGCCUGACCUCGGAAACGACUCAGACUGCGUCCGUAGCGUCUGUGCACGGGGCGCCUGGCGCGCCUCAGCCGUCGAGUCCAGGGCCUUCGGGAGUCUCCUCAGCCCCUGUCUCGGGCGUUGAGGCGGUGCUCCACCAGAUCUUCAUCUCUGCGUACUUGCUGUUUCUGGCCAUCAUCUCUCCGUCGAACCCGAUCUUCUCGUCAGCCGAUCCGUUCGCGCUGUCGCACCCCGCGGCCGGCGCGUCUUCGCCCCCCGCAGGCUCUGGAGACCACAGCUCGGGCCUGCAGUCGUCCGCGGGGGAGCACGCCGCCUGCGGCUCGGCCUCGCCCCGCGGGCACCGCCGCGCCUCGGGCGUCGGGAGCCCAGGCGUCCCCAGCGACAGCGACGCGGACCACCACGCGUCCCACGGCCAGUCGCGGCCGUCUGUCUCAGGCGCUGGAAUGGCUGGCUGGGACACCACGGCCUCGUCUGCCGCGGUGGUCUCCCUACCUCUGUCAACGCCUCUGGACUUCUCCUUCCUCUUGAACGCCUUCGCGGCUUCCGGCUCCGCCGCGUUGGGCUCCAACGGCUCUGGAGUUCAGCUGGGAGCCUCCGGCGGCGCAGCAAAUUCUCAGGGCUUCGCUGGAGCGGGCUUCUCUGGCGGCGCCGCAGGCGCGAGGGGGACGGCGCCCGGCGCGGGGCCUGCUCCCCCGGCCGCCGUCGCGCUGGCUAGUGCGCCGGCGGCCUCGGGCCAGGCACUCGGAGACAAAGGGACAGCUGGUGGGAAUGCGUCUGGGGCGCAGAUGACGUUCGGCGGCGCGUCGAAGCAGCAGCAGCAGGAGGCGCUUUUGUGGAUUCUCCACGUCCUCCCCGUGCUCCCGACGCUCUUUGUGAGCUCAGUCAGCCAUUUCCUGCUCGGCGCCAGCAACCCGGACGACGGCGCGUUGAAUCAGAAGCAACCGACUCUGCAGUAUCAGGUGUACGCCCCACGUCGACGCGGCACCGCUGGCGGCUCCCCGCGGAGAGGCAGUCGCGCGCGGGCGAGUCUCCAAAUGGAACUGCCAAGAAGCCCGAGCCUGGAAACGCUGUGUCAGAACACCGGGGGCUGGAGAGGAGAGGGGCCUCUAGAGGGCAUCAGCAAAAUCUUCACGGAUGAAACUGCAGUGAUGCUGCGCCUGUCGAGUAUGCUCUUUGCCUUCCCGCCGCUCGUCCCCUGGCAGCGCUUGUAUUCGUCAUGGAAACAAGGUGCCAGUUUCAACCGCAUUUGCAGCAGCGUCUUCUUCUACGAUGCGCCGACGGUCCUCGUGAUCAAGACGAAGCAUGGCCCGGUUCUCGGCGCCAUGAUCUCCUCGGAGUGGAAGGACGCAGGACACGUGUACAUCGGAGACUCGAACUGCUUCCUCUUUAGCUUGGAGCCUCAGUUCCAGGUGAUCAGGCCGAGCGGUCUAGGGCGGAACUUUGUGUACAUCAAUGUGAAGAAUCAGUUCUACCCUCGGGGCAUUGGGUUCGGAGGCCAGCCUGGAUGCUUCAGACUCUGGUUGGACGACGAGUUCCAGAAUUGCUACUGCACGAAGAGCGAUGCAACCUAUGGCCCGGGGGUUCUCCUGCCGCCGAGGAGAUCUCGCCUUCGCCACCAAGGGGACUCCCAGAGCUCCGAUAGCAUUUCUUCCGGGAUUCGUUACACGCAGUCUCUGCCCGGAGAAGGAAAGGACCAGGACGAGUCGGUGCCGGCCCCUGCAAAUGGAGCCCAACUGUCCGGGGCCUUGGCGCCCGAAGCCUGUGGAGACACGGACGUCGCAGGCCACGAAGACGAGCCGGACGCCUUCCACAUGCCGUUCGAGGUGCUCGAGGUCGAAGUGUGGGGCUGCGGCGACGCCGCCUCCCGACAACAACAGCACGCCGCCAACAAAAGGCAGGAGCAGCUCCGCCAAGAGCGGCGGCAAGUCGACAAGGGCCGUUUCGCGCAGAACGAGUUCGACCGCGAGUUUCUCUUGGAGAACACAUUCAACCGAGCGAAAGGCGCCGACGCGCGGUCUACGUAG